AAACAUUAAAAACAAGCAGUACGUGGACUUUAGUUAGCCGGAAACAAUAACAAAUUUAUCACAAUCAACAUGAGAAUCCCAACAGUUAUCUCUUUGUUGUUUAGCAUAGUAUCGGUCGUUUUCGCCGAGUUCUCCGCUGAAGACUGCCGCGAGCUGGGGCUGAUCAAAUCACAAUUAUUUUGCUCGUCCUGCAACAGCUUGACCGACUAUGGUUUAGUGGAGCUAAAAGAACACUGCCUUGAGUGCUGCCAAAAGGAUACGGUAAGCGAUGGCAAGCUAAAGGUUUACCCAAGGGCGGUGCUGGAAGUAUGCACGUGCAAAUUUGGAGCCUAUCCGCAAAUUCAGGCCUUUAUCAAAAGUGACCGUCCGGCAAAGUUCCCAAAUCUCACCAUCAAAUACGUCCGAGGGUUGGACCCUAUCGUGAAGCUGAUGGACGAGGGAGGUAAUGUGAAGGAAACCCUAUCUAUUAACAAAUGGAACACCGACACUGUGCAAGAGUUCUUCGAAACGCGAUUAGCUAAGGUUGAGAACGAUGAUUACCUCCAAACAAACCGAGUGUGAGAAAUGCGUUGGGUGAAUAUUGAAUAAACAAAAAUGGAAAA